CACAAUUGUAUGUCUGAGGUGCGAAGGAACACAACGCUGUGGAUGCCGGAAGGCAACUUGCCGUCCGUGCUUGAUCAAGUGAUGGAAUCUAGUUGCCUGAACGAAUGUUCUUUCCACGGAAAUUGUGUUGCGGGUAAAUGCCAGUGUGAGGCAGGCUGGAUAGGGGACGAUUGUUCCAUUGAUGGCAACACACCACCGGAAGUUCUGGGCUUGCCGAGAGGUGGACUAUGUGAUCUCAAACACCGGAAAUGUGACCGAACUGUGGUGUACGGGUCGCGGUUCCCAUCCUCCGAAAACAUCACGUGCAAAGUUGUUACGGUCUUUAAAGUGACAGAAAGUACACCUUACUAUUCAACAGCAGUUUUCCGCCACUCUGGCGAAAUCGUGUGCCCCCUGGGACAUGAAAUUGUUAGACAGUACACGGGCCGACCUAGAUUGUAUUACAUCUCUGUCGGCAUUAUCUACGAUGUGUUCAGCCAGCCUAAGCCCUUCCUUCCUUUCCACUCGGAUGAUUUCACCUGCAACAUAAACGGCAUGAGCUUUACGUGUAGGAAUUCAUUUCUGUCAGGCACACAACCAGUAACCACCCAAAGACAGAUCACCACCACCACCACCCCUGCCACCCCCUUUACCACCAUCUAUCCGGAGUUUACAAAUUUUACGUUUUGAGGAUUCUUUUAUGCAGGAAUGACGAACCGGAAGCCAAAAACCUGCUGCCCAACCCUUAACUAGUUUGUCCACUACACCAUAUCGUCGGCAAAAUAUUAAAUUGCUGUUCUCCACACUGCAGAUAUAAUCGUCACUUCCCAUGGAAGACAAACAAUCUGGAUCUGCCUUUGUUGUAUAACUUCCUUAAUUUUGUGAUUAACUUUAGUAUAAGCCUUACGUAUGAUCGUUAUUUUUCAUGGAAGACAAACUUUGUACGUCUAGACCUGUUUCUGUCAUGUGUCUAAUCAAAUAAACACGAUGACUUGCAUCAAAACUUUC